AUGGACGAGAGUAAUCAGGGUCUAACAGGAGGUUUCGUUUACAUUGACGAUAUACUCGUUGCUAGUUAUGAUACGAAUCAGUGCAAGCAGCAUUUGCAAAGCGUAUUUGGCGUCGAUUCCUUGACUUUCCUCAGAUAUCGUAUUGAUGCUCAUUGCAUGCUACAAAGAGAUGAUUUUCACCUUGUUACCGACGUCUUUGACCGAGCUGUUAAUAGAGGACUCUAUCGUGUUGCUGAUGGGAAUCCUCAGUCUCUCGCUUUUUACUCUUUAAAAUUAACACCGACAGGGCAAAGGUUGAGCGAUGAAUUGAUCAGUGAAAUGCUUCACUGGAUGUUAAUUGGAAGACAAGUAUUUCCCACGCGAAUUCUGCGCAACGUAAAAGGAGCAGACAACAUCGUCACAUACAUCCUCUUCAACAUUGACAGUUUUCCUGUUGUAGUUGACGCCAGAAUUGGUUAUCAAGCCAUGGCUGAAGAACAGGAACAUUGA